UCCUCUGAACAUUUCUUAGAAAGCUAACUCAAAAGUUUCUUCACCCUUCUGUGAGGUAGGAGUGGUCACAGACUUUGUUGUUGUUUUGUUUUUGUUUUUUUUGCACUUGCUCAGCAGACUGAUCCCAGUGAGGAGCACUGUGAAGUCAUCCUGUUUAAGUGCUUUUACAAUCAAGCAAAAGGUGAGGGAUCAAGGAUCAUCAUUUGGAGGAAUUACUCUUUGUUAAGUCCAGAUCUGGAGGAUUUAUUCUUGGACUUGAGGCAUCUAAUCUCAGUUGUCACAGUCGAGUGGUGAGAUAUUGAACAUCAUAGAAGCUCCAGGUGAAGAAGAAACUACCCGACUCGCUUUUUUUUUUUUAAAGCUUUGGAUCCAUGCAGCCAUCCGUCUUUUUACCCAAUGCUUCCUCCUACCUGGGCCCACAGGAGGACGCCCCUCUGUCACGCGUCGGCUUCAUUAUUCUAUCCAUCAUCAUGGCCCUUUUCACCGGUCCAGCCAUCGUACUCAACGCUACAGUGAUUAUUGUGUCCCUCAUGCACAAGCAGCUGAGGCAGCCACUCAACUACGCUCUGAUGAACAUGGCUGUGGCUGACCUGGGCACAGCCAUGACCGGAGGCGUGCUGUCUGUGGUCAACAAUGCUCAGGGGUACUUCUCCCUGGGAAGAACAGGCUGUGUGAUGGAGGGCUUUGCAGUGUCCUUGUUUGGCAUCACAUCCCUGUGCACAGUUGCUCUGAUCGCAGUGGAGAGGAUGUUUGUUGUGUGUAAACCAUUGGGACAGAUGACCUUCCAAAAGACUCAUGCGAUGGGAGGCAUUGCCCUGUCCUGGCUGUGGUCCCUCACAUGGAACUUACCCCCCCUGUUUGGCUGGGGCAGGUAUGAGCUGGAGGGGGUCAGGACAUCCUGCGCACCGGACUGGCACAACCAAGACCCACAAAAUGUCUCCUACAUCCUGGCUUAUUUUGCAGUGUGUUUUGCAGUUCCCUUCGCCAUUAUCCUGGCAUCCUACACAAAACUGAUGUGGACUCUACACCAGGUAUCAAAGAUGGCCUGUGUGGAAGGUGGUGCAGUAGCUAAGGGAGAGAUGAAGGUGGCAUUUAUGGUGAUUCUGAUGGUCCUGACAUUCCUCAUCAGUUGGCUGCCUUAUGCCGGCCUGGCCAUGCUGGUGGUCUUCAACCCUGAUGUGGAGAUUCACCCACUGGUAGGAACAGUUCCUGUCUACCUGGCCAAGAGCAGCACUGUGUAUAACCCCAUCAUCUACAUCUACCUCAACAAACAGUUUCGUAAAUAUGCUGUGCCCUUCCUGCUGUGUGGGAAAGAGCCCUGGGACCCAGACGAGGCGUCAGAGGGAGGGACAACUGUGGAGACUGCAAUCAACAAAGUAUCUCCUGCCUGA